UGAUUAGUCAGUUGCAUGGCUUGGUGACUCAUUCAACCAAUUGGUUACAUGCCUUUGAAUUCAAUGCUCUUGUUUAUAAAAAGCCAUCUUGCUGCUGCAUUUGGAACAAGAGCAUUCUCAGAAAGACUAACCAAAUUAGCAGUUGCAGCAGAAGAAGAGAGUUUGAGUUUGAUCCUCAUUGAACAAUGAUGGACACAAACAAUGGUGAAGUGAUUGGUUUUCCGGUUGGUUCGAUCACGUAUUCAGCUGAGAAAUUGAUUGAUUUUCCUGCCCCUGAUAUUGAAGUUGUUUUUGGCUGCAAUGUCUGCAAUUCUCAUGCAUCAUCUCAGUUCAAGAAGAAUAGAAAGGAUCCAGUAAAGUAUUGGAUGAGCAGGUUCAGCAAAACAGCAAAGAGUUAUGCGAAAAGCAUUCGAGCAAAUGUGAAUUUUGGACCGAAAAUUGUUGAUACUGUGAAAGGAAAACUGAGCUUGAGCAAGAGAGUUCUUCAAGUUGGAGGGGUUGAAAAAGUCUUCAAGCAAAGUUUUUCUGUCGGAAAAAGAGAGAAGCUUGUGAAGGCAUUACAAUGUAAUAUAUCAACAACAGCAGGUCCAAUUUCUGGCAUGCUUUUUAUCUCCACCGAAAAGAUUGCUUUUCAUAGCGACAAACCCAUCAACAUUACCUCUCCGAAAGGAAACCAGGCCAAAGUUCCCUACAAAGUUGUGAUUCCACUGAAUAGGAUCAAGAGAGUUCAUCCAAGUCGAGACAAGAACAAGCCUGAUCAGAAAUACGUUCACCUUGUAACCGUCGAUGAUUUUGAGUUUUGGUUCAUGGGAUUUGUUAGUUAUCAGAAAUCACUCAAGCACUUGCAAGUACAACAAGCAAACUGCAAUUCAAAUGCAUUGUUCCUAUAAAUUAUGUUUUUUGUUUCAACUCAUAAACUUAGAAUUAAGUUCUUGUAAUCAGUAUUGGAAUUGCCGGCAAUUUUUCUCAUUGAGGGAUUUCAAUACUUGUCUCAAGAUCAUGAUGUAAAUGUAUGUCACCGAAAUGAUUGUUAAUGAAACACAAAGUGUUCUUUUUGUUGAUUA